AUGGCAGACAGAACUCGGAAAGGCAAGGCGGCCAGCGAGACAGCGGCCAAAGCGCAACCAUCCAACAUUUCGAGCAUUGUAUCACCACCUGGAUCCAAAACUCCGCCAACGAUGCCGACCAAGCGGACAAUGUAUUUCCCAGACAAUUCCGGUAACCGCCAGCAACAAGAAGGAGUGGAACCGGUCGACCCCAGUGCGCUAGCAAGAGCGUUAAAGGACUAUGAGACUGCUGGUGCACGACGGGAGCGAACUCCGGUGUCUAGCCCAUGCCGCAAGCGCCAACGGGUCUAUGGCGAUCGGUUCAUCCCCAAUCGCGACGGUCAAGAUUUACAAGCGACAUACAGCUUAUUGCACGAAGAUGGUUGUCCUUCAACGCCUUCCAAGGCCAAGAAACGCGGCCCUCAUUCUGAGUUACAUUUCCAGAAAACCGAUGAAGCCAAUCGCACGUUCUCAAGGGUUUUGCGUAGCGAGUUGUUUGGAAGCACCGUGCCACAGCCUGACCUGAGCGCAACACCAGCAGACCCAUUACUCGGCUUUACCAACGGGAUCAGUGAUAAAACUCGAUCCCACACACCUCCUGCACAUAUUACUGCCAAUCUCCCUCCCGCCAGUAUCACCCCCACCACCCCCCACAAAAACCUCUUCAACUAUGGAGCUUCCAGACCAGGAUCCGGACAUCCGACACCAUCAAAAACGCCACGCAGUCUCCACGGCCCUAACUUGGACGUUCGUUCGGAACUGUACAGUCUCUCUCCUAUCCGAUAUGAUAGCCAGCGUAUACUUGAAACGCCGCGCAAACAGGCACGAUAUGUAAACAAGGUUCCUUACAAGGUCUUGGAUGCACCGGAUCUGCAAGACGACUUCUACCUCAACCUGGUCGACUGGGGUAGCAGCAAUGUCCUCAGUGUCGGGUUAGCUAAUUCGGUAUACAUGUGGAACUCACAUACCGGGCGAGUCACGAAGUUGUGCGACCUUAAAGAUGAUACAGUGACUAGUGUGAACUGGAUUCAACGGGGAACCCAUCUCGCAAUCGGCACAGGGAAAGGUCUAGUGCAGAUUUGGGAUGCCGAGCAUUGUCGUCGGCUACGAACCAUGAUUGGGCAUACGAACCGAGUUGGUGCCUUAGCAUGGAAUGAUCAUAUUCUCACAUCCGGAUCCAGGGAUCGCCUCAUCUACCACCGCGAUGUUCGCUCUCCCGACCAGUACAUCCGGAAGCUUUCCGGGCAUAAACAAGAGGUUUGUGGUCUGAAGUGGAAUACCGAAGAUGGGCAACUAGCAUCUGGUGGUAACGACAACAAGUUGAUGGUUUGGGACAAGCUCAAUGAAACCCCACUCUACCGCUUCUCGGACCACAAUGCUGCAGUCAAGGCCAUUGCAUGGUCACCUCACCAACAUCAUCUGCUCGCCUCAGGUGGAGGUACCGCUGAUCGAACGAUCAAAUUCUGGAACACAUCGACCGGAUCACUGAUCAAAGAAGUCGACACCGGUAGCCAGGUCUGCAACCUCUCUUGGUCGAAGAAUUCAGACGAGAUUAUCAGCACACAUGGGUACAGCCAGAAUCAAAUCGUCAUUUGGAAGUACCCUCGCAUGGAACAGAUUGUGUCCUUGACUGGUCACACCUUCCGUGUUCUCUACCUCGCCAUGAGCCCUGACGGCCAGACGGUCGUAACAGGAGCAGGCGACGAAACACUCAGAUUCUGGAAGAUUUUCGACAAGCGCGGCACACGAGACAACCGCCGCGAAGGCAGCAAGCUCUCCGAAUGGGGCACCAUUCGUUAG